AUGUAUCGCGCGGGGCCGGUCGCGCGGACCGGGCCUGUUCGUGAGAGACCGCGCGCUGACCCAGAUUUCGGCGGGUCGAACGAGGCGAGCCGGCGCGAGGAGACCGCGGCGGACUUUCUGAAAUGGGACACGGCGCAGCCUGGAGCUAAAUUAGCCGCGAUGUCCAAUAAGAGUAAGUCCCAGCCGCAGCAGCAUCAGCAGCAGCAGCAUCCUCCGCACGUGAUCAAGCCAGUGGACCAGCUGCCGCCGCGUUACCAGCCGCCGCCGCAGCCGACCAGCGGCAUCCUGAAGAAUCACCUCCACUUCGCCAGCGGAGCGUCGUCGGCGCCGGGCCAGACCGGCAGCAGUCAAGGUCCGGGCGCGGCCUUGAGCCAUCAUCAGAGCGCGCAACCGCGCACCUUGCCGUCCUCGCAGCAGCCGGCGCAGCAGCCGACGCAGCAGCCAUCGCAGCAAUCGCAGAAGGAUGCGCAGAGCAAGUAUUCGCCGAGAAUAGAGCACCGUCACCAUCAUCAUCAUUCUCAGCCGGCGAACGCGCUGAUCGCCGCGUCGGCGGCGUCCAAGCCAGCCUACCUCCAGCAGCCCAAGCUCGGCCAAGGCCCGUACUUGCCGCCCAGCAGCCAGUACCCGGCGGUGAGCAGCGGCCAGAGCGUGCCCAUCAGGCAGAGGAUCAGCGACGACGAAUUCCUGCGACUCGGCCCCGUGGAGAUGCUCAAGUUCGUGCGGAAGACCGAGAGUGACAUCGCUAGGCUCGCCGCCGAGCAGAAUCGCCAGAUACAGAGCUUGCUGAAUGAGCUGCGGGCGCUGAAGGAGGCCAACCAAAGACUGAACGACGAUAAUCAAGAAUUGCGCGAUCUCUGCUGCUUCUUGGACGACGACCGACAAAAGGGCCGCAAGCUGGCGAGAGAGUGGCAGAGGUUCGGCCGAUACACAGUGAGCGUUAUGCGCCAGGAGGUCUCGGCUUACCAGAACAAACUGCGCCAGCUGGACAACAAGCAGCAGGAGCUGAUUAAAGACAAUCUCGAGCUCAAAGAGCUGUGCCUGUAUCUCGACGAGGAGCGUGGCGGCGGCCAAAGGGACGACGGGGAUGGAUCGAGUUCGAGCACGAACGCCGAGGAGACCGCGCCGCCGAGACCGAGGCACACUUCCACAUUUAACGACCAAACCAUGCAGUACGUGAGGAGUUUGGAGCAACGGGUGAAGCAGUUGGAGGAGGACAAAAGCGUUCUCCAAGCCCGUGCGCAAGGUUGGGAGGUACCAUCGGGCGAAGUCUGGGAGAGCCCCAGCAGUCCGAGCGAUAAUCCUCAUCUGGGAAGUCGACCGGAAGCCGUGGUGCGCGCUCUUCAGGUUCUCGAGGUCAGAGAACAGUUGGAAAGAGAGGAGGGUCACGACGGUGAGAAGGCGCUGGUCCGAGAAAUGUGCAAUGUUGUCUGGCGAAAAUUGGAGGAGGGUCCACAAGCGAGGCAUUAGCGAUCGCGCAUCGGCCAUCUGUCAGAUUUUAAAUAUUAUUGAUACAAAGCGUACGGUGUGUGAAGAUGAACGUUUGAAAUGUAACGAUAGUAUUGUAGUAUAUGAUGUAAACGGUACUGUGUAUAUGUGCGUGCGUGUGUGUGUGUAGAUUCUGUAUGUGUACACUCGUUUGCACGGCAUCAUUUUGGCACAUGCUUUUUUGCCCGACAAAAUUAGAAGCGUGUCGAAUGGUCACGAGCCACCGCUCUCUUGUUAAUAUAUUGUGACAGAAGUCGAGUGACAGUACACGGUGUAAAUAGUAGCCCUUUAUUUACUCUUAGUUGAUAAAGAUAAAAAUAUUUAAAAAAUACAGAAAGAUAGAUCGGUUGAGUUAAUUUUAAUCGGUUGAAUUUAUUCCGGCGGAAGGAUAUAGAAUGUCUAUUCUUUUCCAGAAAUUCUAUUCCCUUCCACCUUCAUCAAUGCGCUUCAUUGUGUCGUGUUACGUCACGUAGUUAUGCCAUGUUAAUCCAAUCGAUCUUUCUUCCCUGCAUUUUUCCCGAAUCUUCCGUUGCAGUCAACGUCAGAUGUCUCGUACACCAUCACUUCGAAUCCUGUCAUAACCGAUUACAACGCAAGUUCGCGAAGAGCGGGGACUCGCGAUCGUGACCAUUCGAUACGCCUUUCAGCGGGAGGAACGUGUGCGAAUCAUUGCGCAGACGAAUGUUUGAGAGUGAUAGUUAUCUCUCGAUACGAGAAUACCGAUAACAUGUGUCUAUUUAUGCGGAGAUUGUAGCCUCGUUAGCUGU